AUGGCGGAGGGACUUGAGUUGGGAGGAGGAUGGGACGGACGGGCCGAGGACUAUUUAUACCUCGACGGCAGCGAAGUCGCACGAAUCCAUGACGUCGACAGCGACCCGACGAUGGAAGAGAUCAAGGUAGGCAGCAACGGCGGCAAGACAGAAGGUAACUCGGAUGCCUACGAGGCUGGGGGCUAG